CAUGAGUCGACAUCUGCGAGGCUUACGUCACUCGUGAACACUCCGCUUGCGGGUUUCUCGGAGGCGGAAUACACAGACCUUUUUACCGUCUAUGAGACAGACUCGUCCGUACGUUAUCGGAACGAGUGACUUCACGAGCGUAACGUUAUAACGCUGAAUAAGACCGCGCGAGCCGAACCGGACGCACGCGAGUGGAAGAGAUCUCGAGUCCGAUGAGCAGCUCGAAGUCCUCGCUCGACCUGUGUGUGAUCAACGCUUCAUGUUGGGUAAAGGCCUGAAGCGUAAGCUGGAGCCGGAGGAAGAGGAUGGUGUGAUGAAGAUGGAGGCGUCCUCCACCGGCUACUGGUUCCAGCGGCAGACGGUGCUCAACCUCUCCUUACUGAAGCUGCACACCCGGCCGGGGCACGGGGAGCCGGACCUGGCCCGCAGGGUGCUCAUCACCAACACACUCCGGCACAUCCAGGACGAGCUGAGAGGAGAGGAGUGUGUGUCCACACCGCAGACUCCCUCGGCUCCUGUGACGAAGGACAGUUUCAGCACCGCGCUGGCUGAGAUCGAAGCUCUGUGUCCCACAGUGGGAAUAACCGCUUUAUUUUCUACGUCAGACCAGGACGGGCCGGACUUUAACAGUGGCGCAGACUCGGGUAAUUCCGGAGAACCGAGAGAUCCAGAUCCGGAUCUUUCUGAAAUGCACAGCAUUGUGGACUCUGACUCCGCCCUAUUCACAUCUAGCCACGCCCCCUCAUACCUCGCUGACUUGUCAUUGGACGAUUUCCUGUUCACGGAAAUAGACAACUUCCUGUUCGACAGUUCGUCCCUGAGCGUUUCCAUGGUAACGGAGGACCUCGUUAAGACCCUCGCCGGUUACGGAAACGGCGGGACGAGCCAAUCGGCUCUUCCGUCCAAAUUUGAUCUGAACGAACUGGAUCACGUCAUGGAGGUUUUGGUCGGGUCAUAAUUUGACGUGCAUUUUAUACUUGCAUCAGGAAAUAUUAAGGCUGUUUUGUCUGUAUUAUGAUACGUACAGCAAACAGGGUUACGUAUACAUUACCGGUUAAAAGUUUUAGAUCAGUACGAUUUUUUAUGUUUUUAAAUGAAGUCUCUUCUGCUCACCAAGGCUGCUUUAUUUAA